AUGAACAGCCUUUUCUUCAAAUUCACCAAGUUCCCGCUUCCCAAACGUCAUUCAGCCGUAUACAGACCCUCAUUCUUCUCUAGCUUAGCUUCCCAGACCCCAGAACAAUGGCUACAAAGUCUUGGAGUCAAAGCAUUGCCCGUAAAAAGUUUCUCCUUCCAGUUUGACAGAUCUAGCGGACCUGGAGGUCAAAAAGUUAACAAGAGCAGCAGCAAAUGCACCCUGACAAUAUACGGGUUUUCCAAGUGCAAUUGGAUUCCACAAGACGUACGAGAUCAGCUCAUGGCCAAAAACUUUAGAUACUGGGCCAAGUCAAAGGAUCGCAUCGUAAUACAGUCCGACAAAACCAGAAGCAGAGAGACUAACCGGGACCUUUGCCUCGAAAAACUUGUCAACGAGGUCAAAGCAGUCUGCUGGUUCGCCAAACCCGUCAGCGCUGUGGAUCAGCAAAAAUGGGAAACAGUACGACGCAAAACGAAUGAUUCUCGACUUAAGGAUAAGAAGCUACACAGCGACAAGAAACAAUUUCGAAAGAAAACGGAUUUCUUCUAA